AUUUUUAUUAUUGGGGGGAACCAUUUUACCUGGUUUUAACAUUGGGGAGGGGGCAUGUCUACCCUUUCCCCCCCGGUCCUACGCCCUUGUUUCUGGUCAGACCUUGAAGUUACCACUUACCAGCUGGUAUAUGGGCGUAAAACAAAUGGGCCUACAUUUCCCUACUUACAGGAACUUAUUCAAAUACCAUAUAUAGCAUCUAGCCUAACCGGAAUGGAGACGUGAGGAGAAUCAUUGUCGUACUGUAAUUGAUGGUAAUCUAUCGCAUAAUUUCAUGAGUGUGUGUGGAUUGUGCUGGGCUAGGUCUCUAUCUGCUGACACGCCUCAGUGUGGUGCUGGUGGAUGAAACGUACACAUACCGGACUGUCACGGCGCUGUGGAGGAUGGGGGUGGAGAGGGAGGACAUUCAGACCCUCUGAAAGAGCUAUUUGUACCCAAGGCAUCCCUGGAGAAACUCCUUCACCCACCCAAUAGUACUGGCCAUCAGAGUCAGUCCACCCCAUGUAUGUCCAGAGUCUCCUGUGUGUGGGCAGUAAACAUGCUGCCCAUCUUUGAGGGGGGAAGAAAAGAAAGCUUGUUAUGGCCACACAACCACAGCUCAUUGUGAUCUGGUUGAGAGCUCCUGCUUCAAUACUGAGAAGCACAAGUUAAAGUCCAGAAUUGUGUCCAACCACAGCUUUUCCCUGAGCAUAGUGACAUCGAGUGGAACGUUACAGACCCAGUAGAUGACUUCUGGAGUUGGGCUCAGUCCUCAAGGCAAAAGCUUCAACAUGCUGGCCAUUAUUGAGUCCUGGGAAGAGGAGGGGAGCUACUACGAGGACAGCACCGGUCAGUUUCUGUUCAUCUUGCUGUUAAAGGUGGGCCUGAACUGUCUGGUCCUGUCGAUGUGCUUGCGCUGGCUGCACACCUCCUUCAUGGGCGUCUGUGGCCUCUCCGUCUUCCUGGUCGAUGUGUUGUUGUUGUGCGCUGUGGCGGCUGUGUGGUUCCUCGGAUCCGCCCGCUCCCCGGUGUCCAUCUGCUUCCUCUUGGCUCAUGCCUCAGCCGUAUUCAACGCGCUGCCUCUGCCCAUGCUGGGCCUGGGGCUGCUGGACUACGCCUCCGAGCCACGCUACACCACGUGCCACGACGCUCCCUGUAGGGACCUAUGGAACUAUGCCCUGACGCUGCUGGUGUGGGUGCUUGCCGGUGUGCACUCCUGCUGCUCAGCAGUCACCACCCUCCUAGAGGUUGAGUACGAGGGAGGGAGGAACGCUUUAGGGUGCACUGUGCAGGAGUCUGUGUUUGUGGUACAUUUCUCAGUGGGGAUCUCCGUGGCCAUCUGCUGUGUAAUGCUGCUCCACUACAAACAGAUGCCUUUGUGGCUGAAGGAGACCAACAGGCUGUCAGUGCAGAGGGAUAAAGUUAACCCAAUGUUGCAGAGCCACUUGAGAUUCAGGUAUGCCAAGUUACAGCAGCUAGGGGGUGACGAGGACGAGCAGAAAGCACUGUCAGUGGAGACUGAAAGGCAGAGGCCCCCCCUUUACCUCAGCCUGACUUUGGACUUUGGCACAACGUGGGCAUCUUACCUGGUCAUGUGCAUCGCCUGUGAGCUUUUGGGCCUUGCAGUCCCUGCCUACAUCAGCAUCAACCUCCUAUGGUUGGAGUUUGCCAACAGCGUAUUGGUGGGGCUGGUGUUUUGGCUCAAGAACGACUGAUUGAGGCCUUACACCGCCAAUGGCAUGUUUACUGGCACUUAAAGUAAAGAUUCAACCAUUUUUGAAAAAUAUAUUUUAUUUUACAAUUUUCCAUACAGUCAAAAAUAAUAAUAACAACACACAUAAAAUGAUAUGUAUAUAUAUAUUAUUAUAUUGUGUUUGUGCAUAUAGGCUACGCCGGGCGGCAGGGUAGCCUAGUGGUUAGAGCGUUGGACUAGUAACCGAAAGGUUGCAAGAUCCCCGAGCUGACAAGGUACAAAUCUGUCCUUCUGCCCCUGAACAAGACAGUUAACCCACUGUUUC